AUGGGGCAUUGCCUUAGUGUAGAAAUAGAUGAUUUGUCUCAUCACUGCCUCGGUAAAGUUGAUGUGAAGCCUUCUUUAUUCUCAAAAAGAAAAGGGUCCAAGUGUUUAGAAGUUAAUUCUACCAAACUUGACCUCUACUGGGACCUUUCUUUAGCAAGAUUUGGAUCUGGGCCAGAGCCAUUAGAGGGAUAUUAUCUUGCUCUGAUGUGUAAGGGGGAGAUGGUUUUGGUUAUUGGGGAUCUGAGGAAAGAAGCAUUCAAGAAGACUAAUGCAGCCCCUGCUCUUUCAAGUCCACUAUUUGUUUCCAAAAGGGAGCAUCUUUUUGGCAAGAGAAUUUGUGGUACUAAAGCUCAAUUUUGUGAUAAAGGCCAAAUUCAUGACCUCAAAAUUGAAUGUGAUACAAAUGGGAUUGACGAUCCUUGUCUUAUGAUUCGUAUUGAUAGUAAAACAGUGAUGCAGGUGAAGCAUCUGCAGUGGAAAUUCAGAGGAAACUACACCAUUUUGGUCGAUGGCCUUCCUGUGGAAGUCUUUUGGGAUGUUUAUAAUUGGUUGUUUGGUAAUUCAGGUCUUGGGAAUGCAGUUUUUGUGUUCCAAAGUUGUUUGUCAGCUGAGAAGUUGUGGGCUAGCCAAACUUCAUCUGAUGAUCCCUCUAUACUGCCUUGGCCUACCUCGGGAAGUUUUGAGGAUACUAAGCUACCAGGUCUUGGUUUCUCCUUGGUAUUGCAUGUCUGGAAGAAUGAAUAG